GGUUUUACGUCUGGAAGAUCAUGGCUUGUCUCUUUAUAGACUAUCAUGAUUCAUCAUUGAUCAUGGAACUAUUAUUCACUUGACUAUCGAUAUGAUGGCAUCUGAUUAUCAUCAUGGGGCGUUAGCUAUAAAACGCGUCUCCUCAAUAUCCCUGAUCUUCCAUACCCUCCCAGCGGCAAACAAGUCACUCAUCAUCUAGCCAUGGCAUCGCCAAUCAAGGACGACGACGAUACUGUAAAGACACCUGAAGAUUUUCCUCCACUCUUGUCCAAGAAAUUUAACAUCACUGAUGUUAAGCAAGACGCGCUCAAGUGGGAUAAGGAGUGGGAGGCGGCGAUCGCAUCUUCAACCGCAGCGGACGUCCUCAAGGAGAUGUCUCGUUUCCUAGACGACUCUUGCUUUGAUCCUGACGCCAUGGAGUUCUUCCAUCAGGAUCUUCGCAGGGUCCAAGAUAACGUAGCCAAAAUUCUGCGUGACCUUUUCGACGAAGGCCACUUUGACACCAUCUGGUUGUUGUUGAGUGUCGCGGAGAAGAAGAGACAUAUCAAUGAAGGCCUGAAGGGGGCUUGUGAAGCACCUACGUUUUGGGGGCAAGAUUGUCGGGCUCUUUGCCCGGAGGUCACAGUUUCGAAUCUUCUGACGCAGGGCGGGAAGAGCUUUGUCGACUUUCUCGCUCGUGUCUUGGAGUUAACCGAGUCAUCCCUUCAACCAGCAUUCCUACCGAACUCAUGGUGGGAACAGGCAUCGAACCUGCCAAAUCCAUGGUGGGAAGAGACCCCGGAUGUUCCACCUCGAAGACAAAUAUCCCAAAGCACAAAGCUUAUGUUCGAAGUCGCGACUAUCAACAGGAAUAAGUUUAUCGGACAUUUUAUUAUGUCCUCAGUGUUGUCAAUCGUAAGUGACAUCACCAAUCGUAGCGGGGGGAUGAAGGGGGUCCUACACGUCAUGGAGAAUACAAAGGGAUAUGUUGCUCGAGCUUUAGCACAGGUCAAAACGACUUUCAGGGAUAAACCUCUUGUCCGCUGCGAAAACUGCACGAAGACGCCAGAAGAAAUCGGACAAGGUGUUCGCUUCAUGGUGUGCAGUGUUUGCAAAACGAAACUUAACUUCGAGAUACAUUAUUGUUCUCAAUCCUGCCAGAAACAAGACUGGUCUCUUCACAAACGGACUUGUGGCAAGAAGCCAGUAUCGAAGGGUCUAAGCGGAACCAAGGGAGACUCUCUUUGGGCAUUCGGCGACUCUGAUCCCAGCGCUAACAUGAUUCGCGACUUUGGCAAGAAGGAAGGUCGGCAUCUCACGAGCCUCAGAGACAUUGGCGUAAAUCCCUGUAAGGGUAAACGCACCCCUGCUGCGGAGCGUCAAGCCGAGAUGCUUGAAGCCGACCGAAAUGUCGAUUACUUCCUCUUCACUGCGAGCGGUGAAGCAGUUCGCUUUGUGAUCGAUGAUCCAGGAGCUAAAAUGAUCUUCCGGAUCAACCGCGGUUGGGUUAUGACGAAGAGUAGUGAAACCGGUCUUGAUGCUAUGGGAGAGUACAUACUCAAAAUCAUGAGCGGAUAUCCCGGAUUGAGUCGGAGGAUCAUCCUGAAGCAACUCUGUGAGGAACACGGGGUGAGCACUACCAGAAAGAUCAUGGCGCUGGAGAAGAAGAGUCGAGAACAUGGAAAGAGUACGUUUAUAGAGGGUUGGGUGAAAGAUUCUUCGUCCGUGUUUGGGGAUUUGGCUUGGCUCGGAUCGCGUUGAACGUUUUGAAGUGUCGCUAUGCAUGUCAGAGAUUCGGGUUUCGCUCGCGGCCAUUAACCAUGUUCUUUUCAAUUCCGCUUCGUUUUCAUUUGGGUUGUCUUUCUCGAUAGUCUUGGAAUACGUGUACAGUAUCCGUUGAUGAAACUGAGCCUCGGCGGCGUUCGUUUACAUAUUAGUUUCAAUACAAUUGGCGCUAAAUUUCCUACCUCGGGUCCU